CAUGUAGGCUUUCUGCUGGAGAAGCUUUUUUUGCGAAACUUUAAGGAUGAUAUACCUUGGAUGUUUCCUGCUGCUCUGUGGGCUCACGCAUGUCAUGGCAAGUUAUCCCAUCUGGUGGUCACUAGCAGUGGGCCAGCAGUACUCAUCACUGGGCACUCAACCUAUCCUCUGUGGAAGCAUCCCGGGUCUGGUGCCCAAGCAGCUGCGAUUCUGCCGGAACUAUGUGGAAAUCAUGCCCAGUGUGGCUGAGGGCGUGAAGAUUGGCAUCCAGGAGUGCCAGCACCAGUUCAGAGGCCGACGCUGGAACUGCACCACAGUCAACGACAACCUGGCCAUCUUUGGGCCAGUGUUGGACAAAGCCACUCGAGAGUCAGCAUUUGUUCAUGCUAUCGCCUCGGCGGGAGUGGCAUUUGCAGUGACCCGUGCCUGCGCUGAGGGUUCGGCCACCAUCUGCGGAUGUGACACACGCCACAAGGGCCCCCCCGGUGAGGGAUGGAAGUGGGGUGGCUGCAGCGAGGAUGUGGAGUUCGGCAGCAUGGUGUCCCGGGAGUUUGCUGAUGCGAGGGAGAAUCGCCCUGAUGCACGCUCAGCCAUGAACCGCCAUAACAAUGAGGCAGGAAGAAUGUCCCUCAAUGACAACAUGUUCCUGAAGUGUAAGUGCCACGGGCUCUCGGGCAGCUGCGAGGUCAAGACAUGCUGGUGGUCUCAGCCUGACUUCCGAGUUAUUGGUGACUACAUGAAGGAUAAGUAUGACAGCGCAUCAGAGAUGGUGGUGGAGAAACACAAGGAGUCCCGUGGAUGGGUGGAGACCCUGAGACCCAAGUACAACUACUUCAAACCCCCGACGGAGCGAGACCUGGUUUAUUACGAAAGCUCACCCAAUUUCUGCGACCCCAAUCCCGAGACCGGCUCCUUUGGCACCCGCGACCGCAUCUGCAACCUGACGUCCCACGGCAUAGACGGGUGCGACCUCCUCUGCUGCGGCAGAGGCCACAACACCAGGACUGAGAAGAGAAAAGAAAAGUGCCACUGCAUUUUCCACUGGUGCUGCUACGUCAGCUGUCAGGAGUGCGUGAGGGUCUACGACGUGCACACCUGCAAAUAA